CGCCUUUCUCGAUGGAUUGUGCUUGGGUGCGGUUGCCCAGGUUCAGGACAAAGCUAAUACCUCUUGUGUUGGGGGCUGGCAUUUUUACCUGGUUUAUUUACUCGCUUUCAGGUCCGCCUCUGGAAGGCCCAUUUGCGCAUAGGAACAAGCCCGGCUACAGACCGUCGCCCAGGUUGCGCCCAUACCCGCCUCCACUGGCGCACACGGUGUGGAACUCUCGGGCAGAGCAGGUCAAGGAGGCCUUUGUGCAUGCAUACAGAGGUUACCAGCAACAUGCAGCGUCAUCUGACGAGUUACUACCUAUCACGAAUACUUCCUCUAAUCAUUUCAAUGGAUGGGGUCUUCAAUUGAUAGACGCCUUGGAUACCAUGUGGAUAAUGGGCUUGCGGGACGAUUUUCAGGACGCGAUGCCGUUGGUGGCUGCUAUGACCUUUCACUUACCUGAUACCGAAUAUGCGCCAUUUUUUGAAACUGUCAUUCGCUACCUUGGCGGGCUGCUGUCUGCACAUGCGCUCUCUGGCGAGCCCGCCCUUCUCGCACGUGCAGACGAUCUCGGGAAGAUGCUCCUUCCUGUAUUCAAGACACCACACGGACUACCCAUGUAUGCGGUGAACACUGUGACCGGAGCCACAAGGGCUGGGUGGUCGUCGGAAGUCUUGUGGGCGGAGGCCUUGAGCUGCCAGCUCGAAUACAAGUAUCUUGCACACCUCACUGGUCGACAAGAAUACUUCGAUCAUGUGGAGCAUAUCAUAGAUAUCAUGCAAGCCGCGAAGAUCAAGGAUGGCAUGUUUCCUACUAAAUGGAAUAUGCAAAGCGGAAAACCAUCUAAUGACCAGUUCUCGGUGGGAGCGUUUGCGGAUAGCGCUCACGAAUAUUUGCUGAAGCAGUGGUUGCUCACGAGUCGAUCUGAGACUAAAGCGAUGAAGCUGUACCUCAAGGCGGCCUCGGGGAUCCUCAACCAUCUACUUUAUCUCACCCCCAAUCGACAGCUACUCUACGUCACGGACACUUCAGGCACUAAUGCGACACCCUCACACACCUUUGAGCAUCUUUCAUGCUUUCUCCCGGGCUUGCUUGCGCUUGGUGCGCACACGCUACCUCUUUCAGAAGACGACAAGGAACUGCACAACUGGGCGGCCCAGGGUCUCGCGUACACGUGCUGGAUCACAUAUGCAGACCACGCCACUGGACUGGGUCCAGACGAAAUGCUUAUGGAAGAUUGGGAUGACGAUCCCACGGGAGCUAAUGGCCGGUGGAUCGACCAUGUCAAGCAGUGGAAACGCGAGGGCAGUCCUGGCGGCGUCCCGCCUGGUUUACGGGAGGUCCAGACAAGGAAGCAUACAGAGAGAGAUUACAACGCCUCAAAAGGAGGUUAUUUCCUGCGUCCUGAGUCUGUUGAGAGCUUUUAUCUACUCUGGCGCUUGACAAGGGACGAGACAUGGCGCGAGCGAGGUUGGGCGGUCUUCGAGUCCAUCGAGCGCGAAGCCAAGACGCCCAGCGGAUACGCUAGCUUAUCCUCUGUCGAGAUUUCACCAGCACACAAGAAGAACGAGAUGCCCAGCUUCUUCAUGGCCGAAACAUUGAAAUAUCUCUAUCUCCUCUUCCGUGAAGAGGACGUGAUACCCCUUAAUCAGUGGGUGUUCAAUACCGAAGCACAUCCACUACCGAUCUUCCAAUGGAUGGACUGGGAGAGGGAACGCUACCGCAUCCCCUGACGGCGCACGGCGGGGCAUCGACCUGUCAUGCACCGCCAAAGUCCGGUGACACAUGUAUAAUUUGCUCGUUUAUUGGUGGAAAUUACCGUGAUAUAAGUAUUUAUUGGGAUUUACUGUGAUAUAUACAUUUAUUGAGAUUUACUACUGUGAUGUAUGGGUGAGGACAAAAUUGAUAUUUCGC